AUGGCUGACUUGCGCGACCCACGCGACCGGGGCCGCCCCGAAACGCGGGAGGGCCCGGUAGCGCUGCGGCCAGCGUCGAGGAGCCUGAGCGUUCAGGAUGUUACUCAAAGCAGUAUCAAUUCGGCCUCGGUGAGCAGCAGCAUCUUUUCCUUACACCGUGAUGUGAAGGGCGUCAGCGACGCGCAGGCGCGCUUGGUGCGUGUCAUCGAGGAUGUCUCGCAGGAGCUACACCAGCGCUUGAGUCAACACGACCAGCAGCUGGAUCAGCUUUCGGAGAAGCAAGAAACGCUGCAGGAGACCUUCCUGCAGGUGCAAAAGGAAGAAAAGGCUUGGCGACAGUCCUUGGAUGCGGAGUAUUUGAGGCUCCGCACCUUGGACGGAAACUUCCAGACGCAGAUGAACUACGUGGAGUCGAAGCUUGGGCAGCUGGAGAAGUGCUUAACGGAUCGCGGCAGGUCGAACUGGUCCCUGGAUAGCCAGGGACAGGGUCGGAUGCAGCGGCAGAUGGAGGAGUUUCGUGGAAAUUUGGACACGCUGGAGGCGCGACUCUCUGGUGCCUUGAGUCAACAGCUGCAAUCGCAACUCCUGGAGAUCGUGCAGCAACAGCUGCAGCAGGUUGUGCAGCCCCAGUUGCAGCAGCAGCUGCAGCAGCAGCUGAAGGAUGUGCACGUGCUUGACGUCCAGCGGCUUUGUGAGGAGCAGGUGAAACAGCUGGAGCAGCGCCUUUGGAGCGGCCAGGAGACCUUGCGCAAGGAGGCCCUGAAGCGCGAGCAGCACCUGGCUGAGCUACAGGACGCAGCGCAGCGCUUGGCGCAAACCGCCAUGCAACGGGCGCAAGCCUCGACUGAGGCGCAUGCGCAGGUCUUUAGCGCGUCCUCGUCGCUAAACCAACGGCUGCAGCUGGUGGAGAAGGAACUGCAGAGUUUGCAACGACAUGAGAAGGAGAGGCAUAAGAGGCGCAUCUUGCGUUUGGAGGAGGACCUGGCAGGCGCUGAGGAGACAGCAAGCGCUGCCGCGCUGCCGAGCUCUGCGGUGGUCUCACCUGGCAGUGCCAAACGGGAACUUCCCGAGGCAUCAGCCGAUCUACUUCGAAUCGAUGAACUGAGGGUUCAGCUCUACACCGAGCUCAGCGAUGCGCGGCACGUGACCACGCAGCUUAGUGGCCGAGUGGCGCGCUGUGAAGCAGAGAUCCUCGAUCUGCGGCAGGUGAUGAAUGCAGCAGCAAUGGAGGAUGGCCCUCCGAGGCGCUCGCCUGCCACUCCGGACUGGCCUUCUCCGUGGCAGGUCGCCUCCAGGACCGAGGAGCCGCUGCAGCGCGUUCCCGGCGUUCCCGGGAACGCGCUGCCGGCGCUGCCUUCGCCGCCGUCGCCGGCUCCGGCACCACCCAUGGGCAUCGAUGCUGCGGGUCCUUGUCCGAGUUCACACUCGCGGUUGCUGCAAGGUAUGCCCGAGGGGCCUCAAUUGUCGUCGUCCAGGGACACCAAGGACUCUUCAGUUCCGGCGCAGGAAUCGCCUCCGCGCAGCUCUGGGCGCUUUGGGGUGCUACCUCCUCCCAAGGUCACCCCGGCAGUGGAACCGGCUACUCUCUGAGUGAAGCCACAGGGAUUCGCCAAUGACGUACGCGAAUGACGCACGCGAAGAAUGGAC